AUGCACGCGGAAUGUAAAUUUGUACCGAAAACUGAAUCUGCUAAUCAUCGCUGUUGUUUCUUCUCACGAUUUGAUCAUAAUGUUCAUCCUGUGAUUGACACACGACAAUUUCAAUUUGAAGAAUCCGAAAGUCAACAACGACGUCAAGUCGAAGCGUUUAUUUUUUCUAAAUUAGAAGAAUAUUCUCGUGAGAAAUCGACAACAUUCUUUCAUCUGACUUCAUUUUCUCAUAUACGUCGUCGUUUGAAACGUGAUUUGAAAUCGUUUCUUAAACGAAUCCAUCCGUACUUGGUUCCUGAAGAAAAACUCAUUCAAUGGCUCGAUGAAACAUUGCAAAGAAUCACUUCUCAUCUACCACAUUUACAUUCUUUAUUCAAUUCUUCAAAUGAUUUGCAAAAACUAUUUGCACAGGAGAAUUCCUUUUCAUCGGCAACUAUCAACACUCAAUGGCAACAAUUGCAGCUCAAACGAGCAAAGGAAAUACUUCCAAAUACAUCUGAAGAUCUCUUAGACGAAUAUCGGAAACAUGUUGUUGAGAAACUUACACCAAAGAAACUGGAAAACAAUCGAUUAUCAUUGAAAAGCAAAGAUCCAAUCGAUUUAGAUGUUAAAUUUAAUGAAGCGGAACUAGUCGGAAGGGAGUAUUUAACAAAAAUCUUUGAUGACUAUCAAAAACGUCAAUAUCCGAAUGUGAAUUUGCUGAGAGAAAUGAUUCAGCUUGGAAUGAAUCAGAUGGUCAAACGACCGAAAACAGACGAAUUUCGAAAUGCUUUGUCGUCAUCGAAUGUUCUUGUUAAAGCAAUGUUUAUCAUCAAAAGCAAAAACGCUUAUACAAUGAGUUUGAAAAAUAUCGCCGACGAUUUUAUGUUUCUUCGUUUCGGUCGUUCACUUGACUAUGAUAUGAAUGAAAAAGAUUCGAUUACUUCAAGAUUUGCCUCGUUAAUACACAUGUUUUUGAAUACCAUCUCAACUCUGCUUCAUUCAGUUCAAUCGGAAACAUCUCUCACGACAUUUUCUCAAUUUGAUUCGAAUUUAUCUUCAGAAGAGAUCCUCUCACCACUUGUGUAUAUUGAUCAAUGGACAUGGUUGAUCCAGAAAUGGAAAAUCGCUUUGCAAACAUUUCCAGUUCAUUUGACGAAAUCUGGCGCGUUCGGUCGACUUAUCCGAACGACGAUCGGAGUUGGAAUAGCUCGACUGUAUGGAUUCGCGGAAAACAAUGAUCACGAAGAUUUAGAUAGUAAGUUUUUUCAAGCAUUACAAAUGGGAUUUUAUUACGGAGUUGCUUAUGCACUUGUUGAUGGAUUGCAAGACAGUGAUAAUAACGAAGAACAACAACAUUCAAUCGAUGUUGAUCACUGGUUAAGUGAAAUGGAGCGAAUCCUAUGCGGACAUGAAUUGGAUCCAUCAUCAUUGCCUCAACUACCGAUGACAUCGCUUUUGCUUGAAACUUUUCAUAGUCUUGUCCAAUUAACAUCAGUGAAUUCAAUUGCUGAAGAGACAUUUGUCGAUCUCGCGUUGCUUCUCCGUUCACAAAGAGCGGAUAAGAAAGAUUCGAAACGGAUUUAUCAAAACAACAUUGAGCUUUAUCUUGGAUCAUUGAUGAAAUCACAUUUUACCUAUACUGCAACGGCUUUCAUGGGUGGCGCACGAAUGGUUGAGGGUCAUGAACGUCUAUGGACAAUGCCAUUCCUCGGACAAUUAACAGACGAUUGUCGUGAUUUUAAUGAAGACCGUCGAGAUAAUUCGGUCACACCCGUUACGUACUAUGCUCAACAUAAAGAGUCCAAUGUGUUGAAUCCAUUUUUUGUCUUUCUGUUCGUUUGCGAAGAUUUGUAUCUGCAAAGUCAGCGAGAUGCGAAUACAGGAGCAUUUCUGGGACGUCGAAUCAUUCGAACACUACGAUCGUUGCAAAAAGAUUUCAACGAAUUUUUACUUAUUUUCGUUUCUCCAACCUAUCCAGAGUUAUUCAAAUAUACUCUUUCAUUAGAGAAACUCUUCGAUCGCGUUAGUGAUCCAGAAAAGUCUGUCUUUCGUCGCAUGAACCAAUUCGGUAUUGAUUAUUCUUUUAACCAUCGAAAAGUUGAAACCUUCGCUUUUGAUCAUUUACCUCUAAUCGAAAAACAAUUAACAAGAAUGCCUAACAACAACGAUCCAAUCGUUCUUGGAAUGAACCAUAGCCUCAAAGCCGGUGGAAAGCGUCUUCGUCCAUUACUUCUUCUCAUGGUUACUCAACUGUAUCAUAUCGACAUCAAACGUGUUUUACCUUUGGCAAUCGCCAUUGAGUAUCUUCAUACAAGUAGUUUAAUCUUUGACGAUCUUCCUGCACAGGACAAUGCACCAUUACGACGAGGACAACCGACGCUUCACAUGCCAAUCGAAAGUGAUCAGAACAACAUUCCAUCAUCGUUAACAGAAGGACGAGCUCAAUUAGUCGCAGUUGAUCUAAUUGCUCAGGCGAUCCGACUGGUAACUGUAGAUUUACAUCGUGAAGGUUUUCCAUAUGAAAGUAUCAAUCAAGUAACAGCAGAACUAUCACAAUCAAUGGAUGAACUUUGUCACGGACAAUUUCUUGAUCUGCAAGCAGCGAGAGUGAAGAGAACAACAUUGACGAUUGACGAACUUGAUCAUAUCGCUCAGUUGAAAACUGGAAAAGCAAUUGAGGUUGUUCUCGUUUGUCCUGUGAUUCUUGCACAAAUCGAUCAAAAUUCGCUAAAGAGAACCAUCGACCGUCUUCGGGAACUUGGCCGGUUGAUGGGAAUUCUAUUUCAAAUGAAAGAUGAUCUGUUAGAUGUUGAAGGAAAUGUAGGCGAACUUGGAAAAUUAACAAAUAUUGAUCAACAUAAUGAAACGAUGACUUACGUGAGUUUAUUGGGAAUUGAAAACACUCGACAACGUUUAAAAAGCAAACGAAAAGAAGCAGAAAAGAUUCUCAAUGAACUAUGGCCUCAAGCAGGAACUAUUCGAGAUGUUAUCCGACAUAUUUGUGAACGAAAAAACUAA